UGCGCAUGCGUGAAGUUGGAAAACUUUUACUUUUUGCUCUACAAUUUUGUGAAAUAUCUAUAAUAUACCUGUACUAGGACUCAAUGGAUAUAUCACACAUUAAAUCGGAAACUGUCGAGAUCAUGAUGGAUAGUCGAUAUGAUAUGUAGAACAACAGGAAAGACGGUAAUUUGAUUUUUCACUCAAUAAUCUCAGCUUUUCUGGACGCCAUUGUAUAUACUGUAUAUGGUCUGUGUAAUGGACUAAUUCGUAUAGAGAUACACGGGUCAUGCCGAAAUAUUCGUCUGGGCCAGUGGAAUAGACUUAUUAUGCUACUUGUCCUCGCUGAAUUCGAACAGUUCAUACCAUGGCCAACAAUUUGAAAGCUGCACAAGCGCCAUCUUUCUUUGGAUGUGAUUACUGACGCUAUUGAUAUGAUUUAUACAUCUGAUGAACUACGGCGACAUCUUUACUAAUACUGCGAUUAUUGUCCUUUAUUGCUGACAAUAUUCUUUGAAUUACGGUGACAUGGAGUCAGAUUCUGAUGAAAGUUAUGCCGAGCCUAUUGCAACACAAACUGAAAAUCAAAUCUUUGAGUUUGUAAAAGAUUUGUGUGGAAAUGAUAAUGAAGAGGACUUCAAAGCCAAACUAUUGGAACAGCAAUCAGUCGAAGGCUUAAAUGGAAUUAGAGAUUCGUUCUACGACAUUGCACGUAUUAAUAGACCAAAUGACAUACCACCUGGCGUCCUGAUUACAAGACAACCACCUCGCAGAGGAAGCGUCAAUAAAAACAAUGCAAACUCUCUUGGAAAUAAAUUAGCUUGGGACAUAUAUACGCUAUACCAUUUUAUAUCAGGGGCUCCCAAUAUACCAGAAAUGAAAUCAAUAUUAAAUGCCACAAAACGACAACACGACAAAACUAAACAGGGAGACAUACGUGAACCUCCUCAACAAAGAACAAGUGCUACAAAUUCAACUGACGGGCUAAAUGAUACAUCAAUACCAUUACGUAACGAUGUUUCUGAAAACGUUCUCGUUCAUAUCAUCACGAUGAAAGAGAUGAUUGUUAACGUAAAUCAGAAGUUGGAAUCUCUAGAUAAAUCCUAUCUUUCACUGAAGACACAAAAUGAUACACUGAGAAGAGAAAAUGACAAACUGAAAGAGAAACACGAAUCUCUAACUGACGUUAACCUGAAACUUCGGUCAGAGUUAAAACUGAACAAGCAGGAACUUCAAGACAAUGAUAGCUUCUACAGAAAGCAAAAUGCUGCAUUGAAGACCGUGGUCGACAAAUUAUCUAACAAGAUGGAUAGUAUUGAUGGAAAACUUUUCAAUCUAAAUAGUCAGGUCACAAAGGUAAUUAAAGCUGAAGCGUAUUCUGAUAUAGUGAAGCACAGUAUUGAUAAAGAAGCUGAUAAAACCAUGAGUGAUCAUUUACUUCAGGAAAUGAAUCCUGAUGCAAACGGACGAGAGCGAAAAACACACUCUCUCUCAACAGAUAAUCAAGUGAACAUUGAUACUACAAGUGUUGCUCGACAUCGAUCCCGUGCAUCAUCAGCUCCAACGCCUCCAUUUCAGAAUAAUCCGAAUCCCUGCGAACAGGAUAUGUCUAAUCGAAAUCCAAGCUUACCUGUUAAACGACCAGACGAAACAGCUUCUAGGUUUCACUUUAAAUCCAUCAAUAAGGAUUUAUCGACGCAGGGAUCAUGUCACGACCACACAGCUGCUGUUACUGGUCCAACUAAACCGAAUGAUCACCAACAGGAGCCUGUUAAAUAUACCAGUCCUACACAGCGUCGCAUCUCCACAGUAGUUUCACAAAGGAUUGAUCAACAAGAUAAGCUGCAAGGUUAUGAUGAGUCGAUUGGAGAUUGGCCUGAUAGGGAUCAUGGCUUAGAGGGCUUUGAUAUUGCGAGCAGACCCAGGAUUAAGCGUGUAGUCUUAGCCCGUGUUAAGAAAUCUCCUUAUCAGACCUUUAAACAGGUCAGAGAAAACAUUGUAGCAUAUGCUGCAGAACGAAAUGUGACUGUAACAUUUGUGAGAGGACUUAAGACACACAGCAAUGAUAGGGGUGAGUGGUAUACCCUUAGAGUAAAUGUACUCGCUAAGCAUUGCUCACGUGUUAUGGAACCAGAAUUUUGGCCAAGUAACAUUACAUGUAGGCCAUGGGUCUCUGAAUCUCAACGAUCUCAACAUGAACCAGAAGAUGACAAGUUUCCUCAUAUUGACUAUUGAACUUUAUGUUAUAAUUGUUGCAUUUUUGCUGUGUGAUUUUAAUACACGAAUGUAUAAGUCAACAUCUCUAGUGUUUACCAAUUGGAAUGUACAGGGUGUCAUGUAUGGCACACCAUACUUAUGCAAG